ACACUGUUACUCCAGUGUUUGCAAACAACAUGAGAAGAUACUUUCUCAUUUACACAACCCAAGGGUGCCAGAAAUGUGUACGAAAAAGGGAUGCGCCAUUUUAUGGUAUUUUGCGUCUUGUCUUUUGUUGCUGUCCCUGUAUACCGCGUGAUCACCGGGCAUUAGCAUCUGGCGCUAGUCCCUCCCAUUAAGUGCUAGCGGAGUUAACUGCAUGUGUGGUCACGAGCUGCUGGAAUCAUAAAACGUCAGUCGGAAUAGCGCCAGUCGCCAUUUCAUCCUCCGAGGUGUUGAGACGUUCACAGCAGCUUCAAGUGAAGUGAAAGUUCCACAAUGGUGAAAAUAUUCAUUGGGAACUUGUCACCAGACACUACAUCAGAUGAACUUCGUUCUCUCUUUUCCCAAUAUGGCAAGAUUGCAGAAUGCUCUAUUGUCAAGAACUUUGGCUUUGUACACAUGGAUGACAAAGCAGAGGCAGAAGAAGCUAUCCGCAACCUUCACCACUAUGAGCUGAAUGGCCAACCUAUGAAUGUAGAAUUGAGUCGUGGCAAGUCAAGAGGAUCGACCAAACUACAUGUUGGAAAUAUUGCCUGUACCAAUCAGGAGCUGAGGGCCAAGUUUGAAGAGUUUGGCGCUGUGUUGGAGUGUGACAUAGUGAAAAACUAUGCCUUUGUUCAUAUGGAGCGAAUGGAGGAUGCCAUGGAGGCCAUUAAUCAGUUAGACAACACGGCUUUUAAAGGCAAACUGAUGAGCGUGAAGCUUUCGACUAGCCGCCUGCGUACUGCGCCGGGAAUGGGAGACAGAUCGGGUUGUUAUCGUUGCGGGCAGGAAGGCCACUGGUCCAAAGAAUGCCCUCUAGACCAAAAUGGCUACCACAGAAACGGCUCAGAGCCACAAUCUGAUGGAUACAAUGCCUCGAGAUUUGCCGGGCGUGGUCGCAGCAGGGGUUAUCAUCCGGACUUCACUGGCGAGCCCGAUUAUGGUGGCAGCUAUGCUCCUGUGCAUGGUUUUUCCCGGGGUCAAAGCAGCAGCAGCAGCAUGGCAGGGUACAGAAGAGGUGCUGGCUAUGAGAGCGCAAUGAGAUACGCGCCACACCCGGGUUAUGGCAUAAGUGCUGUUGCUGAUCAUAGCAUGGCUCGGAUGUAUGACAGCGAGGCGGCAUACAGGGGCAACAGCUCACUCUAUGGCGCGGUACCAGCCUACCCGAUGCGACGGUCGUCUUAUGAGGAAAGGGAUCCGUACGGGGUCGUGGACUACUACGAGAAGUACAGGGCCAAUUCUUAUGGAGGCAGUUAUUUCGAGGAACGCCGCGGUGUCCCCUUGCCUGCUCCAACAACAUCCACUUCCACGGCUAUAAUGAGAGAACGUCUGCCCCCCUCUAGCCUCGACCCCUACGAGUGCCCUCCCCUCCCUCCUCCACCAGCCCCAGUCUCCUCAUACUACGCACGUGACCGGAGUCCGAUUCGGAGAGUCGCUGCCGAGGCAGAUGGAUACGCAUAUGAGCGUUCGCGCCUUUCCCCAGUGACCGCCCUUCCAAGAAGCUCUACCUAUGACCAUACGCGGGAUCCCGCCGCUGAUCGGGCACGGUAUACAUACUAAUCCUUGUUCCUUAAAGCCAGGUGACAGCUGACUCACAUUUUGAACGUAGGAUAGCCUAAGUGCCAUUGGAAUCAUUGAAAUUUAAACAUUAAGCAGUAUGUAAAUUUUCAAGUCAGCCCUCUGUGUAAAUGAGGUGUGUGGGUGGGUAGCAGGAAUAAGGUUCUAAUAAAUUUAGCCUAUAUUAGUCAUUAAGUAGAUUUCAGUGUGAACGGUUGAAUGCAUUCACAUCAUGCUAUGAUCUCAUUCCAGGUUAUGCUUCACCGUGCAGUACAACUAAUGGCUCAGUAACAGUGAGGGAAAGGACUAUUUGAUCUCUUUCAUGAUUGAAUGAUUUUGGCCACAUAUAAAUAAAUAGGUCGCUUAUUUCUUUCCUAGUAGGUUUAUUUUAACUGUAAAAGAGAUGAUAUAAACAAAAAACAUCCAGAAAAAUGCAUUAUGUGACAGUUAUAACUUAAUUGCCAGUUGAUCCACCAGGAAAACAAGACUUGGUACCUGGUGGAGUAACCCUAGUUGGCAAGCACAGACAUCAGAUGUUUCUUGGAGGUAUUGUAGACCACUCCUCUUUGCAGAUUCUCCCCAGAUUCUUAAGGUACUGAGGCUGUUGCUUAGAAACACAAACAACUCCAUAGAUUUUCCUAAUAAUCUGGAGAUUGGCUAGGCUAAUGACCUUAAUGUGCUUCUUCUUCUUGAGCCACUCUGGUUGUUGCCUUGCCCAUAUGCAUUGAGUCAUCAUCUUGCUGGAAGACAUAAGUUACUCUGGCUCAGGAAGGAGGUUCUCACCUAAGAUUUCUCGGUACUUGCCCCCAUUCAUUGUGUCUUUGAUGCAGUACAGUUGUCCUGCACGCUCGACAGCCCCAAAGCCAAAUGCUUCCACCUCUGCUUGGCUGUAAGGAUGGUUUUCUUGGGGUCAUAGUCAGCAAUCUUCUCUCUCCUAACACAGUGAAAAUUGAUGCCAAAGAGCUCAAUUUUGGUCUCAUCUGACAAAAUGACAUUCCCUUAAGUCUUCUUAGUAUUGUUCAAAUGUUCAUUGGCAAACUUCAGACAAGAAUCUACAUGUGUCGUCUUGGGCAGGGGGACCGUGUAGGCGCUGCAGGAUUUCAUUACGACGCACUGAGACGCAAUAAGAACCCAAUGGUGUUCUUGUUGUCUGUACUCCCAGCUGCCUUGAGAUCAUGAACAAGUUCUCCCCGUUUAAUUAUUGGAUUAUCAUUGGCCUUUCUGACUGCAUGAGGUGAGAUCUUGGUACAGUCAAAGAUGCAAUGUGCAACUCUUUAGACAGGUUUCUUUUACACAUGUGCAUGUACCCAGUUCAGAUUACUAGUUUCUGAAGCAGAAUGGGCUAAUAUGUGUGCCUCAUGGCCACAUAACUAAUCUGAGUGCCAGAAUUGUUGCUGGUAAGAAGGGAAUCAAAUACUUACUCCCCCUUGAUCAAAUUGAAAUUACUUUUUAACUGUCAUAUAAUGUGUUUUCUGGAUUUUUUUUUUUGUUUUUUUGUUGAUACUCUGUCUCUUACAAUUAAAAUAAACCCACUACUAAAAUUCUAUUCUGCUUCUUUUUUUGUAUGUGGCUGAAAUCAUGAAGCAUGCAAGGGAUCAAAUACUUCCUUCACUGUAAACGGCUUUCAUUGUGUUAUUUCCAUGUUUUCCCGUUGGUACAGUUCUGAGAUGACUUAGCCAGUGUAGAAGUGCAGAUACGAUGAUUAUCUGCAACCUGGUUCCAUUCAGCCAUUCAUAUUGUAAAAAAUAAAAAAUUAAUCUUUGUUCCUUCUCAAAGUAGAUACAUAUUCAUAUACUCUUUCAAUGCUUUGAAAUUAAAUUAGUGCAUGGUGCAUGUUUUAUAGGUGAGUCUUACGUUAAAUUGUAUUCAGCGACAUUUAAUAUGUUACUAUGUGCAUUUUAGUGUAUUUGUGUUAGUAGAAGUUCACAUUGUUAGUGCAUAUGUGAAGCAACAGCAAAAAAGCAAAACAGUUGUGAAUACUGUAUGCUUCUUCACCUGCUUGUACCAAAUAUGGGCUUGUGCAGACUUCAAACUGGUUACGCUUUUGGAUUUAGGUUAUGUCAACAAUUUGUGAAAUGAAGUCAACUUUUUUUUUAUUAAACUGCAUUUUAAGCUUGCUUUUUGUUUUGUCGUUAGUAGGUGCAUUACUUAAAUUACAUUUACUGUCAUGACCAUGAGGCUGCACAUUUUUAACAUGUGGUAAUGUCAUAAGUAAAUGUCUUCAAUUGCCUAUUCUGUGUCCCUUGAUUUCUCACUGUUAGAUUAAAAGUAAAGUCUGUCGGAA